AGUCAUUUGUAAUAAAAGCUUAAGAAACAAGAAUAAUGGAUGAGUUAUUUAUUUAUUAGAGAGAAAGAAGAAAAAUUCAAAAAGCUAAGGGAUGAGUUUUUGGAGCUUCCUUGAACGUCUUAGCUUUCUAGAGAUACUGAUAUCUUAGCUUAUUAGCUUAGCCACCACCACCACUAUCGCUGCUCCGGCACUGUUACUGCCACCUUUAACCAUUGUAGAAGCUGCUACUAUCCUCUCCAUACGCAUUAUCCUUUUUAACUUUCAUUUCUUUUUUUUUUUUUUUCCCCGGCUGUAACAAUGGACCGACGGUGGCCGUGGAAGAAAAAAUCAUCUGGCAAGGCUGUGGACAAACCAUUGGAAUCUGGCGAUGCUUCUGAUCAGGCCAAUCAGGACAGGAAGGAAGUGAACUACGUCCAAAUCUCUGUGGAAUCAUAUUCCCAUCUAACUGGUUUAGAAGAUCAAGUAAAAACAUACGAGGGAAAAGUUCGAACACUUGAGAAUGAGAUCAAGGAGAUGAAUGAAAAGCUCUCAGCAGCAAACUCUGAUAUCAAUACCAAGGAAACUAUGGUAAAACAGCAUGCUAAAGUGGCUGAAGAAGCUGUCUUAGGUAUAAAUAAAUAUAAAGAUUAAAAUGAUUUUACCAUCUCGUUCAAUCUUCCGGCCGAGGAUUGCGCAUCACAUUUAGAUGGGGCUCUUAAGGAAUGUAUGCGACAGAUAAGAAAUCUUAAGGAAGAACAUGAACAGAAAAUACAAGAAGUUGCUCUGGCGAAAACCAAGCAAUUAGACAGGAUUAAGGGGGAACUGGAGGCAAAGAUAGUUAACUUUGAAGAGAAACUUGUCAGGGCUAGUGCUGAAAAUGGAGCACUCUCAAUGUCCUUGCAGGAGCGCUCCAACAUGCUGAUCAAAGUGAGCCAAGAAAAAGCACAUGCUGAGGCUGAAAUUGAGCAUCUUAAGAGCAACAUAGAAUCAUGCGAGAGAGAGAUUAAUUCACUUAAAUAUGAACUCCAUGUUGUUUCGAAGGAACUUGAAAUUCGCAACGAAGAGAAGAACAUGAGUAUUAGAUCAGCAGAAGCUGCUAACAAGCAGCAUGCAGAGGGUGUCAAGAAAAUUGCUAAGUUAGAGGCUGAGUGCCAAAGGUUACGUGGUCUAGUGCGGAAGAAGUUACCUGGCCCUGCUGCACUGGCACAGAUGAAGUUAGAAGUUGAAGGCCUUGGCCAUGAUUACAGAGAGAGUCGAAUAAGGAAGUCUCCCGUGAAACCUGCUGCUCCGUAUUUGUCCCCAUUGACUGAGUUCUCCUUAGAGAAUGUACAAAAAUUCCAGAAAGAGAAUGAAUUUCUCACGGGGCGUUUAUUGGCAAUGGAAGAAGAAACAAAGAUGCUGAAAGAAGUUUUGGCUAAACGUAACAGUGAAUUGCAGGCAUCAAGGAGUAUGUGUGCUAAAACACUAAGCAAACUUCAGAGUUGGGAAACACAGCAUCAGCAGAAAGGAUCCCCAAAAUCCAUCACCCAGAUGUCCCAUGCAAGCAAUGCUCCAAGCUUGGUCUCCAUGUCUGAAGAUGGAAUUGAUGAUACAGGAAGCUGUGCUGACUCUUGGUCUACGGCAACAGUCUCCGGGCUGUCCCAAUUCCCUAAAGAAAAAAGCACUGAAAAAUCAAUCAAAUCUGAAGCUACUAAGAAGUUGGAACUAAUGGAUGACUUUCUAGAAGUGGAGAAGUUAGCUCGUUUGUCAAAUGACACCAAUUUAGAUGAGGUUUCUUGCAAAGAUGUUCCAUCUGAAGAGAACAAUGAUAUAAAGAGCAACGAGUUGCUACUAUCAGAGCUUAGGUCAAGAAUAUUAUCAAUUUUUGAGUCCAUUGCUAAUGAUGCAGACGUAGGGAAGAUCAUACAAGAUAUUAAGCACAUAAUAGAAACGGACAAAGAAGCGACUUCAUCCCACUAUUCCAACGAAUAUGUGCAGAUAAACUCAGAUUUGGAAGCUGCAAUUUCUCAUAUUCACGACUUUGUGUUGUUACUGGGCAAAGAAGCAAUAUCAUUUCAUGACAUAUCGUCCGAUGGAAGUGAAAUGAGUAAAAAGAUUGAGGAAUUCUCUUUUACUUACGAUAAACUUCUAUGCAACAAUGCAAGUUUGGUCCAGUUUGUUCUUGGCCUGUCCAGUGUUUUAACUAAAGCAAGUGAGUUCAGAUUUAAUGUCCUUGGCUACAAGGGUACAGAAGCUGAAAAUAACAGUCCUGAUUGUAUAGAUAAGAUUGCUUUGCCUGAAAAUAAGCUAGCUCAAGACAAUGCAUCUGGAAAUAGAUAUCAAAAUGGUUCUUCCCUUAUUCUGAAUCCUUGUUCUGAUCCUGAGGUUCCUGAUGAUGGAAAUGUGGUUUCUACAUCGAAGAGCCUCAAGGAUGAAUAUGAAGAAUUGAAACAGGAGAAUCGGAAACUAGUAACUGAUCUGUCACAGUGUGCUGAAAAUCUACAAAUGACAAAGUCUCAAUUGCUAGAGACUGAGCAACUUCUAGCAGAAGUAAAAUCAGAAUUGGCUUCUGCUAUUAAAUCAAACAGCUUGGCUGAGACGCAGCUGAAGUGCAUGGCAGAGUCGUACAAGUCACUUGAAGCACGUGCCCAAGAGCUUGUAACCAAGCUGAACCGUCUUCAAAUUGAGACAGAAACCCUGGAGACUAAGCUUCAAGAGGAAAAGAAGGCUCAUGAAACAGAAUUGGCCAAAAGCAAGGUGCUGGAGGAGCAACUACAAAGGAUUGAGAGUUCAGCAGCUGAUAGUGGCAUGAAGUCGACACAGAUUCCUUGUUUAAUGCAGGAGAAAGAUUUGGCAACCGCGGCGGAGAAGCUAGCUGAGUGUCAGGAAACUAUAUUUCUUCUUGAGAAGCAGUUAAAUGCUCUGCAUCUAGAAAAUCCAAAGCCAAAAGGGAGAAAAAUAUCAUGGAUAAUCAGAGCGGACAAUCUAAACCUUGGAGGAUAUGCUGAGAUCUUGCAUGAUGAAUCAUCAAGAAAACUGGGACAAGUAUCCGCCACUGAUUGA